AUGCCGCCCGCGACGCCUGCCUCCAAGGUCUCCCUCCGGGAGCUGGCCGACCUGGCCAUCGGCACCCCGGAGGUGGGCGCCGUGAACUUCACAGCCCUUCACACGCUCAUCGUGGCCAUGCUCAAGAACCUCCACUUGCAGGACACCCGGGUGGACUUCCAGACUCUGUCGCCUGAGCAGAGCCGCUCCUUUGAGAGCGCACGGGCCUCGCAGAGCACCCCGCAGAUGGGUGUGUCCAAGGAGAAGCGGAAGAGCAGCGUGGCCAGGGUGCCGGCCCAGACGCUGGAGAGCCAGGUGAAGGACCUGGGCGGGCAGGUCCAGGACCUCGGCCGGCAGUUCAAGACCAUGGACAGCCAGGUGCAGAACAUUCUGGAUCACAUGCAGUACUUCACUGCCCUGGUAAGCGGUGUGGACUUGGACACCCAGGAGUGGCCAGAGAGUCAGGAGAUGGGAAAGGACUUGGCCCAGGAGGUGGCCACACCCGCCACUGACGUGACCAGGCCCACUGCCGACAUGGCCACGCCCACUAUUGAGAAGACCAAGCUAGUAAAGGCCACACCAAUGCCCACGAUGGACACGCCUGUGCUGGGGGUGACCACGGAAAUGCCUGAGGGGGCCGUGCCAGUGCCCGGCAUGGCCACAUUGGUGCCGGAGAAAUUGCGAAGGGGGCUGAUGAAAAUGUGGAAAGACAAACCGAAGGCCAUGGAGCUGCUCCGGACGGUCACGCAAGAUGCGAAAACGCUGGAGGAAGUCCGGGAGAAAGCCCAGGAGCUGACCCCAAUUAAACUUCUGCAACGGAUCGAGGAAGUAGAGCGGAGAGUCAGAAACCGGGAGGAAAUCCUGGAACCCUUGAGCCGGAAGUUGACUUUGAUACCCCCUGGGGAAGAAGUCACCAUGGUCACCUGGGAGGAGCUGGAGCAAGCGAUCGCUGAUGGCUGGAAGAGCUCAGAGUCAACAACAGCACUUCUUAAGCGCAAAAGCUUAAAGCAGAUUUCCUUACCAUCAAAUGACAUGGCUCCAAGUGCGUCCUCCACCAAGAGUUCAAGUGUCGACAAAGCUCCAGAUUCUGCUGGUGGCCUUGGCCCAGAUCAGACCUUACCAGGGACCAGCAGGUCAGGACAUCCCUCUGAGGGGGUGCCUGGCAGGGAACAAGGCAGACUCUCCUCUGCCACUGGGAUUCCUGGGAAAGAACAGCGCCCAGUGGCCCGUGAUGAAGCCAGCCUGGCCAAAACCCAGCACCCCUCUGAGUCCCAGCUCAGAAUGGAGCCUAGAGAGCAGUUUGGCUUCGCACAUCCAAGGAGAGAGGAACAAGACACACACCCUGGCCCCGCUCCAGAGGACUUAGCCUCAGCUAGAGUUGGGCGUCAUCACGUGUACCCAGACCCGGCUGGGGCGGUGCACGUCAGCCCAGGUCAAGUCUAUGCAUGGCCAGAUCAGCAUGGGUUAGAGCCACUUGUCCCAGAUCAGCUUGACCUGCUACAGCCUAGCACUCACCCACAUGGUGUGUUCCCCUUCAGCACAGGCCAGCUGGGUGUGAUGCCCCCUGGAAUGGGUGGGCAGGAAUCAGUAGCCCCUGGCACAGGUCAGCAUGACAUGGCGCCACGACGGGUACCUGGCACAAAGCAGCAAGGAUUGGCACUACCUAGUGUGGAGCAGCCUGGUGUAGUUCCACUUGGCACAUAUCAGCAAGGUGUGAGACUUCCUGGCACAGACCAGCGUGGUAUGGAACAGGCUGGCGUGGACGAGAGUGGCAUGGGGCCACUUGGCAUAGAUCAACAUGGAUUUGCAAUUUUUGGCACGGAUCGACAAGGACUGGUUCCCCCUCUUACAGACCAGCAUGUUUUGGGAUCACCUGGUCUGAUGCAAGCUGUCACAGAUCAGCAAGGUUAUAUACAGCUCAGCAUGGAAACACCUGAAUUCAUACAACUUGGCAUACAGCAGCCUGGUUUGGUGCAGCCUGGUGCUUAUCCACCUAGUUGGGUUCAACCUGGUGCAUAUCCUGGUUUGGUCCAGCCUGGAGCAGUUCAUCCUGGUUUGGUCCAGCCUGGAGCAGUUCAGCCUGGUUUGGUCCAGUCUGGAGCAGGUCAGCUUGGUUUGGUCCAGCCUGGAGCAGUUCAGCCUGGUUUGGUCAGCCUGGUGCAGAUCGGCGUGGUUUUGUCCAACCUGGUGCAGUCCAGCCUGGUAUGGUGCAACCUGGUGCAGGUCAGCCUGGUUUUGUCCAACCUGGUGCAGGUCAGCCUGUUGCAGGUCGGCCUGGUGCAGGUCGGCCUGGCGCAGGUCGGUCAGCCUGGUUUGGUCCAACCUGGUGCAGGUCAGCCUGGUUUGGUCCAACUUGGUGCAGGUCAGCCUGGUUUGGUCCAACCUGGUGCAGGGCAGCCUGGUUUGGUCCAACCUGGUGCAGGGCAGCCUGGUUUGGUCCAACCUGGUGCCCAUCAGCCUGGUUUUGUCCAACCUGGUGUCAGCCUGUUGCAGGUUGGCCUGGCACAGGGCAACCUGGUUUUGUCCAACCUGGUGGAGUCCAGCCUAGUGCAGGUCAGCCUGGUUUUGUCCAACCUGGUGCAGGUCAGCCUGGUUUUGUCCAACCUGGCUUUGUCCAGCCUGGUGCAGGUCAGCCUGGCUUUGUCCAGCCAGGUGCAGGUCAGCCUGGUGCAGGUCAGCCUAGUGCAGGUCAGCCUGGUGCAGAUCAGCCUGGUUUCAUCCAGCCUGGUGCAGUCCAACCUGGUGGAGUCCAACCUGGUGGAGUCCAGCCUGGUGCUAGUCAGCCUGGUUUUAUCCAACCUGGUGCAGCCGGGUGCAGGUCAGCCUGGUGCAGGUCAGCCUGGUUUGGUCCAACCUGGUGCAGAUCAGCCUGGUGCAGGUCAGCCUGGUGCCGGUCAGCCUGGUUUGGUCCAACCUGGUGCAGUCCAACCUGGUGCCGGUCAGCCUGGUUUGGUCCAACCUGGUGCAGGUCAGCCUGGUGCAGGUCAGCCUGGUUUUGUCCAACCUGGUGCAGUCCAGCCUGGUUUUGUCCAACCUGGUGCAGUUCAGCCUGGUUUUGUCCAACCCGGUGCAGGUCAGCCUGGUUCAGUCCAGCCUGGUGCAGGUCAGCCUGGUUCAGUCCAGCCUGGUGCAGGACAGUCUGGUUCAGUCCAGCCUGGUGCAGGUCAGCCUGGUUCUGUCCAACCUGGUGCAGGUCAGCCUGGUUCAGUCCAGCCUGGUGCAGGUCAGCCUGGUUCAGUCCAGCCUGGUGCAGGACAGCCUGGUUCAGUCCAGCCUGGUGCAGGUCAGCCUGGUUCAGUCCAGCCUGGUGCAGGACAGCCUGGUUCAGUCCAGCCUGGUGUCAGCCUGGUUCAGUCCAGCCUGGUUCAGUUCAGCCUGGUGCAGGUCAGCCUGGUUUUGUCCAACCUGGUGCAGGCCAGCCUGGUACAGGUCAGCCUGGUGCAGGUCAGCCUGGUUUUGUCCAACCUGGUGCAGGUCAGCCUGUUGCAGGUCAGCCUGGUUUGGUCCAACCUGGUACAGGCCAGCCUGGUGCAGUCCAACCUGCUGAAGGUCAGCCUGUUGCAGGUCAGCCUGGUGCCCAUCAGCCUGGUUUUGUCCAACCUGGUGCAGGUCAGCCUGGUUUUGUCCAAUCUGGUGCAGGUCAGCCUGGUGCAGGCCAGCCUGGUUUUGUCCAAUCUGGUGCAGGUCGGCCUGGUUUUGUCCAACCUGGUACAGGUCAGCCUGGUUUUGUCCAACCUGGUGCAGGUCAGCCUGGUGCAGGUCAGCCUGGUUUUGUCCAACCUGGUGCAGUCCGGCCUGGUUUUGUCCAACCUGGUGCAGGUCAGCCUGGUUUUGUCCAACCUGGUGCAGGUCAGCCUGGUUUUGUUCAAUCAACUUGAUUUGGUCCAACCUGGAAUGGAUCAGCAUGGUUUGGUUCAGAGUGGCAUAUAUGCACCUGGUUUGGUCCAGCCAGGGGCCUAUCCCCGUGGUGUGGUCCGGCCUGGUGUAUAUCCACAUGGUUUCAUGCAGCCUGGUAUGGAUCAGCGUGGUUUGAGGCAACGUGGUGCAGAUUACCAAGGAUCGGCACCACCAGGCACAGAGUUUCGCGGCUUUCCACCCCAUGCGGAUUCUCCAACUUUCAUAUCACCACGCCCAUAUCAGCAUGGCGUGGUACCUCCUGGCAGAGAUCAGCAUACCCAGGUGUCACCAAUUCUGGCAAAGAAAGGUUUGACGUCGCCAGGUACAGAGCGGCGGGGUCCAACACCAGGAAGCACAGUUAUGGAACCUGCACGUCCAGAUCAGCAGCAUUUGGGCCCACCUGGCCCAUAUCAGCGCGACCACACACCCUCGAUCCUGGACUCCCAGGGGUUCAUGCACCCUGGCCCGCGUGGCCCAGGGUACCCAGAUGUCAGUAAGCGUGUCCAAAUAGGUUUGGAUCCAAACCAACCUGAGGCUUAUAUCCAGACUCCCCCACGCCAGGACACCACCUCUUUCAAGAGUACAGACUCCCUUCCUCGCCUCUACCAAGUCUCAUCGGAAAGGAGCAACAUCCCGGGCGAGAGACACGACUCACUGGAAAGAGUGGCUCCCAGCUUCCCCGUGGCGGUGGAGACCUUCCGUAUGAUGGGGGAGCUCAUUGCCCUCUACAUGGAGCUAAAGGAGAACAUGAAGGACCUGGAUGAGAAGAAGGCUGGCCAGUCGGACUUGGAGAAGAUCCAGUAUCUGCUCUCCCUGAUGGUGCAAAAGACUAUACCGCCUGAAAUGCAGGAACAGGUGAAGACCUUAAAGACCUUGACCAAAGAAGUCCGGCAGGAGAAAGCAAAAAUGGACAAGAUACAGAGGAUCCUGGAGGGUGAAGUGCAUCCAGAAAUGGGGAAGGAGAUGAAAGGCGGCCAGCUGAGCCUGCAGCUGGGCAUCCUCAGAGUCACCAUGGCCGACAUCGAGAAGGAGCUGGCUGAGCUGAGGGACAGCCAGGAGCGGGGCAAGACCAGCAUGGAGAAUUCAGUCUCCGAAGCUUCGCUUUACCUGCAGGAUCAGUUAGACAAGCUCAGGAUGAUCAUCGAGGGCAUGCUGGCCUCCUCUUCCACGCUGCUGACCAUGAGCAUAGCACAUGAUAAGACCCCGCUAACCUUGACGCCCGGUGGGAUCCACCCUGAGGCCACCUGCCCAGCCUGCAGCCUGGACCUGAGCCAUCAGGUCAGCACGCUGGUGCGGCGCUACGAGCAGCUGCAGAACAUGGUCAACAGCCUGGCGGCCUCCCGGCCCUCCAAGAAGGCCAAGCUCCAGAGCCAGGACGAGGAGCUGCUGGGCCACGUCCAGAGGGCCAUCCUGCAGGUGCAGGGUGACUGCGAGAAGCUCAACAUCACCACCAGCAACCUCAUCGCAGACCAUCAGCAGAAGCAGAAGGACAUCAAUGCCUUGUAUCAAGGUCUGGAGAAGCUCGAGAGGGAAAAGGCCAACAGGGAGCACCUGGAGAUGGAGAUCGACGUGAAAGCCGACAAGAGUGCCCUGGCCGCCAAAGUGAGCCGUGUCCAGUUUGAUGCCACCACGGAGCAGCUGAAUCAUAUGAUGCAGGAGCUGGUGGCCAAGAUGAGUGGGCAGGAGCAGGACUGGCAGAAGAUGCUAGACCGGCUCCUGGUGGAGAUGGACAGCAAGCUGGACCGCCUGGAGCUGGACCCUGUGAGGCAGCUGCUGGAGGACCGGUGGAAAUCCCUGCGACAGCAGCUCAAAGAGCGCCCCCCACUCUACCAGGCUGACGAGGCCGCCUGCAUGCGGAGGCAGCUCCUGGCACAUUUCCACUGCCUGUCCUGUGACCGUCCCUUGGAGACUCCUGUGACUGGACAACCCAUCCCCGUGACGCCCAUGGGGCCCAGCCUGCCGGGGAACCGCUCCAUCCGCCCCUACACCGUCUUCGAACUGGAUCAGGUCCGGCAGCAGAGCCGCAGCCUAAAGCUGGGCAGCACCACCUUCCCGAGGGCAGACCUGGCGCCCCUGGAGCGGAGUGUAGGGCGCCUGCACUCCAUGCACUCCAAGAUGCUGAUGGACAUCGAGAAGGUGCAGAUCCACUAUGGGGGCUCGGUCAAGGCCAGCAGCCAGAUGAUCCGAGAGCUACUGCAGGCCCAGUGCCUCAGCUCCCCCUGCUACAAACGGGUGCCAGACGUGGCAGACUACGCCUACUCGCCGGUACCCCGGCCGUGCGGCGGCAGCCACACGCUCACCUACCCCUACCGCCGCGCCCGCCUGCAGCACCUGCCGCAGGGCCUGCACCCCGAGGAGAUCCAGCUCGCCCUGAAGCACGAGGUGGACAUCUUGGGCCUGGAUGGACAUAUCUACAAGGGACGGAUGGAUACAAGGCUGCCCGGCAUCCCGGGCAGAGACAGCUUAAGCAUCACCAGGCACAAGGCCAAGAUGCCCCGGCCCCAUGUGCAGCGGCAGCCGUCCCUCGGUGACAACGGCCAGCUGCCCUCGAGGCCUCAGAGCGCUGAGGUGCCGGCUGGCAACGCGUCAGCUCCUUCUCGUCAGCGGACAGACAGACCGGUCUCCUCACAGGGCUGCCUCUCCCAACCGCUCAGCCCCCGAGAGGGGUCAGAGAUGCGCCUGGAAGUGCCUCCUGCGGAGGGGCUGGAGGAGCCCACCCGGGGGCCGAGGUCCUCCACUGCUCACUGA